AUGUAUCAGAUAACGAGUUUGCUGGAGAAGAUGGCUUCCGUGGACAAGGACUAUCGCUUUAUGGCCACCAACGACUUGAUGGUGGAGCUGCGCAACGACAGCAUCAAGCUGGACGACGACUCGGAGCGUAAGAUUGUUCGAACGGUGGUGAAACUGCUGGAGGACAAGAAUAGCGAGGUGCAGAAUUUGGCCGUGAAGUGCUUGGGACGCCUGGUACACAAAGUGAAAGACGCGCAGGCCGAGUCGGUGGUCGACUUUCUGUGUGAUAAAAUGAUGGCGAAAGAUGAGAAGAUGCGUGACGUCUGUUCGAUUGCACUGAAAACGGUAAUCAGCGAAUUGCCGAACGCGAAUGUGCCAUUAACAGCGAAUGUAAUCAAGCGAGUGGUGCCGAGAUUAACGGAAGCACUAAAGCAAACCGAGCCGGCGGAUGUGUCCGUCAAGCUGGAAGUUAUGGAUAUCGUAUCGGAUGUGCUGACACGUUACGGCUCGUUCUUUGCACCAUAUUUGGCCACGCUGCAGGAAGCGCUUCUUCUGCAACUGUUCUCCGAUCGACAGGCUAUUCGAAAGCGUGCAAUUAUCGCUUUGGCGAAUUUGAUGGUUAUUGCAGAUAGCACUCUGUAUGCGUCGACAAUGGAUUUUAUCGUGGGGCAUCUCACUGCACCAAAGGCAUCGGUGUCGCAGUGCCGUACAAUGGUGCAAGCAUGUCAAGGUAUUUGCAAGGCAACUGGCAGUCGUUUUGUUGAUAAUUUGCGCCGAUUUGUGCCAGUACUUUUCCAGUUGUCAACGACCACCGAAGAUGAUGAAUUGCGUGAAUCUUGCAUUCAGACUUUUGAAUCGUUCAUUUAUCGUUGUCCGCGUGAUGUUACGCAUUUCAUUCCUGAUAUCGUGAAGGUGGUUGCUGAAUAUCUGAAGCUAGAUCCAAACUACACUUAUGAUGAUGAGGAUGAGAACACUGUUCUUUCAAAAAUGGACAUGGAUGGACUGACAUUGGUUCGACAUUUUGACUAUCAGUUGAAAGCGGUUGUCGAGAAACGUGCCGACGUUUGUCUGAGAAAUGAGCGUACUUCGGUGCUUGCAUCUGCUCCUCUCUGCAGCCGAAUUGCUUCAGAUGGCGGUGGCAGUGUCAGCUCUCACCUGAUCAACAGCAAGUGUUCCCUGGUAGGACUGACAUUGGUUCGACAUUUUGACUAUCAGUUGAAAGCGGUUGUCGAGAAGCGUGCCGACGUUAGUCUGAGAAGCGAAGUGGAAGAGGAUGAUGAAGAAUUGAAUGAUUACUCGGAUGACGACGACGUGAGCUGGAAAGUGCGACGUUCGUGCGCCAGAUGUAUCGAAGCGAUUAUUUUGUCGCAUCGCGAUGAAGCUGUGCAGUACCUGAUUUCGUUGGGUCCACUGCUAAUUAGCCGUUUUAAAGAACGAGAGGACAAUGUGAAGUGGGAUAUCAUGCAUGCAUAUACUGCUUUGCUUUCGCAGAUCCGCAACCUCAUUCCGAAUUUCUCGGAGCUUUCUUCUGUUGAGAAAAAUGGAAUUGGCAAAAGCAGUGCAGAAACGGUGAUGCUUAAGGGUGGCGUGAUUUUACGAAAUGCUGUGACUGGUCAGCAACUCGCCGCACUACAGAUUAUUGUUCAGGCAUUGGAUUCUCAGAUCCCGUUGCUUGUGAAGGCUAUCAGCAAGCAAUUCAGCAGCAAAGUGCUUCGCACCAGGCAGUCAUGCUUUAUUCUGCUUACACAACUUCUACGGACAUAUCCGGGCUCGCUUUCCGAUGAGCUGGGCCAUUUGAUGAUCAGCGUGUCGGCAGCAAUGAACGAUCGCUCACUGGAUACAAAUAUGAAGAUUGACGCGCUCACUUUCCUUUCAACCGCACUCUGCACACAUCCCCCAGAGAUGCUGCACAAGCACAUGAACAUGUUGACGCCGCUUGUUGUUCGAGCAGUUGGUGAACCGUUUUACAAAGUGGCCGCUGAAGCACUAACAGUAACAGUAUCACUGAUCCGCGUCCUGCGCCCCUGCGUGUUUCAGUCGGCAAAAAUCGACUGCUCACCGUAUGUCAACAGCAUUUAUGAUGCAGAGGUGAAAGAGAAAGCGAUAACAGCGGCUGGCCUUCUCAUUUCAACCUUUGGUGAUCAUUUAGAGGAGAAGUUGCCAAUUUGUUUGUCGAUAUUUUUGGACCGGCUGCGCAAUGAGAUGACACGUCUGGUUACCGUAAAGGCAUUGACAGCGAUCGUGUGCAGUCCGCUGGUAAUUUCGAUGGAAAAUAUUUUAUCAAAUACGCUCUUAUUGCUUGCGGAAUUCCUGCGCAAAAAUCAAAGAGCUUUGAAGGUAAUCAGUUUGAUAGCUUCAAAAGCUCGUUUCGUCUAG